GGGCUCUUGGCCAAUCAGACGACUCGUCCAGGAAGUUAACCAAGCUUGUGUCAAAAAUACAGGGGUUUGUUUUACAAUCAAUGUACAGCGUGAACCUGUAGACAGAGCUCCUGUGUAACGAAGGCUCGUUAUCGGAUAUCGAACUGCUUCACCGUCUGCUGGUAGCGUCUGAAUGGGCUCAACUGUCAGACUCCAUGGCUUAGCCUAGCAUGGCUAACUGGCUCAGCUAAUUGGCUAUCUCGCUAGCUGGAGGCCUUUUGCUUUCUUGUAACAAUAAACGCAGCAGUGUAAUAAGGUAAUGUGAGGGAUCAGGAAUGAAUUAGCGUGACUGGCAUUAAACAGCGUCAUAUAAACCUAUAAUGAGUGCUAACUGAUCGGCUAGACAGUCAGUAUUGUUUACUAGCUUAAGUCUUUGUCUAAUGAUAUCACGGUGUGCUGUGAAUAUAGUAAAUUGUGUAUGAACGACGACUUCAAAUAUCAUUAAACAACAAGGGGGAUUUGACGUUAGCUUUGCUUAUCGGUUAAGGGUAAGUAAAGGUGAGGGCUAUGUCAGAGAGACUGUGUUAAGAGAAUCUUAUUAAUGUGCUUCUGCUGUGUUUUUGUCAGCUAUGAAGUUAUACACGAGCUCUGUUCCUUCAUGUACUGAAAUUCAUAGGCAAAAUCAUCAUUUUAGUAGUUGAAAUCGUUAUUAGCCACCCCGCGAUUACAUCUGACCUCCUCCGGCUACCUCCUCUGAAUUCAUUGGUCACUAUCGCCUACAAUGAAAAACUGUGAAUACCAACAAAUUGACCCCAGAGCACUCGGAACCCCAGCUUCUACCCCGGCUUCCACUCUGUCACACCCGAGAAAAGAGCUUCCUCACCCGAGGAGAAAAUGGGAAGUGUUUCCUGGGAAAAACCGUUUCUACUGUAAUGGACGCAUCAUCGUGGCCCGUCAGUGCGGUGUGCUGCCCCUGACCCUCAGCCUUAUUGUCCUCACCUCUACCUUAUUCUUUAUAUUUGAUUGUCCUUUUCUGGUGGCUCACCUCACCAUCUGCAUCCCAGUGAUUGCUGCAGUGCUUUUUCUCUUUGUGAUCAUCACCCUUCUUCGCACCAGUUUUACAGACCCAGGGAUCUUACCCAGGGCUUUACCAGAGGAAGCUGCUGAUAUUGAGCGCCAAAUAGAUAAUUCUGGGUCAGCUACAUAUCGACCCCCGCCUCGGACUAAAGAGAUCCUCAUAAACGGACAGCUGGUCAAACUCAAAUACUGUUUCACCUGCAAGAUGUUCCGUCCACCCCGAACUUCACACUGUAGUCUGUGUGACAACUGUGUAGAGCGCUUUGAUCACCACUGCCCGUGGGUGGGGAAUUGUGUCGGCAAGCGCAACUACCGCUUUUUCUAUACUUUCAUAGUUUCGUUGUCCUUUCUUACCUCCUUCAUCUUUGGCUGUGUGAUCACGCACCUCACGUUACGAUCACAAGGUGGGAAAGGUUUCGUACAUGCCUUACAGGAGAGUCCAGCCAGUGUUGUGGAACUGGUUGUUUGUUUCUUCUCCAUCUGGUCAAUCCUGGGUCUGUCAGGCUUCCAUACCUACUUGGUGGCUUCCAAUCUCACAACAAAUGAAGAUAUUAAGGGCUCUUGGUCAAGUAAAAGAGGUGUGGAAGAAUCUGAGAACCCUUACAGCUAUAACAACAUCUUCACUAACUGCUGUGUUGUGCUGUGUGGUCCAAUGCCUCCCAGCUUAAUUGACAGAAGAGGGUUUUUACCUCCAGAUGUCAUCCCUCAAACAGUUACAUCUGAAACUGAAAUUCAUCCUUUUAUGACAAAGAAUGACACCAACAUGUGCACACAGGGUGCCAAGGAACUUUUGGAGUCAGUUUCUCACUCCUCAGUGGUCCAGAGCAGCUGCAGUUCAGCCACACCCAAGACCACACCAGUGACCCAGGAGAAUCUGCUAAUUACUGUCUCAAACACUCUCAAGUCACCAUCUGGCAGGUCUUCGACCAGCUGCUGUGGAAGACAGAAACACCAUCCGACAGACAGGAGAUGCCCUCAGCAAAUGAGCGCACUGGAUGCUCAGGCACUUAGCUUCAAUCUUUCACUUUAUUCUGUUAGCCAUGGUUCUCUCAUUCUCAGUGAUGCCUCUGACAUGGAUUUUCUCCCACCGACCUGAGGGCACAUGAACCAGCCCCAGCACGCAAGUCAUAGCACCUGACGACCCCCCCACCCCUCUAUUCAUUCACUGCACUGAGAAUUUACAUGCCCUGUUAGACUUAACAGAUGGCAUUUCACUCAGGAAGUUCUCAGGGGUCAUACUGACUCUUAACAGUGAAAACACGCCCAUUGGACCUAUGAUUUAUUUGACAAAUUUUAAACAGAAGAUUGAUUUAGGAUUAAUUACGGUCCUCUGUUCCAUCUGCAGAGUGGGAAUAGUGGGAGGCACAAUACACGUUUGACACGAAAGGGUCAUUUCCUGUUCUCUCCACACUGUGCACAGCUGUGUUUGGUGUUCCACUAAGCCUUGAGCCAUAUUUAAGAUUUACACAUUGACUUGCAUUCAUAGCAGUAACUUUUGUUUAAAGUUCAGAGAUGUAUACAGGAAGAAUCCUGACAUGUUGCAACCCAAACAGACCUCAAAUAUCUAACCGUUAUGAGCUAUAGCGUACAGAAAAGGGAUAAGUAAUCCAAUUUAUUAAGUAAACCAGUUCCUCCAGGAUUUAUUUAUUUACUUUUCUGUCGGGUUGUUGCAGCCAAAGAUUGCUUUUUGCUGUGCUUUUUUGAAUUAGUGAAGGUGCAAGCAGAGGAUUUUUCUUUUAAACGACUACAAGUAAAGACACAUGUAAUUACUUUCUAUGAGCUGUACUCAUGUUCGACCCACACAAAUUGAAGAGGGUUUGGCUGAAUGUGCAUUGUGAUGCUGUCAUGCAUCUUGGCCCAAAUCUGCAAGUUUCCAUAGUUUUUGUGUUAAAUAUUGCGAUCACAAAAUCGUAAAAUCCUAGAGGAACUGGUAACUGAUCUGAGUGAAUAAGUGCUCAGGUAUGUAUCGUGACGGUGUUAAAGCUUACUUAUUGGUGUGUUGAUGGUAUAUUGUUGAUCAGUUAUUUAAGCUCUCAAAUGAAGUGACUAGGAAGUGGUAUUCAAACCUUUAACUUCAACACAGGAGUAGUUACACAAACUGUGAUGCUCUAGUAUUACAAUCAGUAAGGGAAAAUGGGAUGGGAGAGCAAUACUUUUAUUUUGAAGGAUAUAGUAAUGAAGCAAAACUUUGUGGUUGGGCAAAAGCAGCAGGUUGAGGAAGUGACAUUUACUUUGCAAACAGUGUUCUUGGUCCUAGUCUUAAUAUUUUAAAAAAAAAAAAAGACAAGAGUGAACUAUUUUUGUGUAUUGAUUGUACACGGGUGUAGUGAAACUGCCCUAGAAAACACGGGCUUCAUUUAAAAGCACAGUGAAAGUUAAAUUAAACUGGCUGUGUGUGUGUGUGUGUUUAUAGUGUUACUGUAUGCUUCAUUCUAUAUGUAAACAAAAUAUUCAUGAAAUGUUUAGGUAUCUGUUCUUUGAACACACGCAGACAGGUUUGUACAUCUAUAGAUUUUCUAUAGAGUUGUAUUUUUGGUGUAUUACCUUUUAAGAGUGGUUAGUAAUGUAGCUUUGUAGACAUUUUACUACACCUACACAAGGAGUAUCAAGUUCAGGGAUAGGUUAGAAGAAGAAUGCAAAUAACGUGUUGAGUUAACAAGAGGCGGACAAAUAACGUAGAGCUUAUCAUCAGCCAGUUUAUGAGCAUUAAAAAUGAGCUGUUGUAUAUUAUGAACGUCUUUAAAGCAGUUGGAAAGCAACUUUGUUGAAUUCAGGAUAUUGAAGGAAUUACUGCAGGAGAGACUGACAACGAUGAACAGGAGCUGGCAGCUAGGUGGUUUGAAAGAUUUCCCAGAAAUGAAACCUGUCUAAAUGUGUUAUCAUGUGAGCAUGUUGACGUCACACAACAAACCCUUUACUGUAAGUGUUGUCUGAAACUGAGACUGGAUGAACGAGUGUCCCAUCAUAUUUUUAGUCUGUUUUUUUUUUUUUUUUUUUUUUUUUAUUUCAUGUCAUUUGAGAAGUGUAAAGAAAUGCUAUUAAGCAAAGAGGACUUUAAAAAUAAUUUAUACAUAAAAAAUAAACAAUAAUAAAAUAAA